AUGCCGGGCUACGUUGGUUUUCAGCUUGCACUCGAGCUUACAAAUGUCCUCCCUGUAAGGGAGAUUGGUACUUUGGUAUACACAAAACUACUCGACAUGGCGCGCGAGCUUCGUAAUUCAGGUUCUGAUAUAGUUGUCGAGGCUGAUCUGGCAAGCAUAUUUGGAAGAGCUCAAGUUUCCCUUGAAUUGGAGAAGGCGUUCAAGGCCAAAGUCCACAUCAGCAAGGUCACACCACUGCACGAAGGUUCGGAAAUCCAGCUCCGGACCGGCCCUGGUCCAACCGUGAUCCGAGCAUUUCAAGAAUCAGAAUAUUUCGCAACCAUAGUCACUCUAUCAGCACUUUCUUACUUUAUUCCGAGAGAAAGCCUUGCCAGAAUGAUCGCCACCGGGAUGGCUAAACGAUACGAAGCUGGAGUGCCAGGGGCUAGCAGUCCUUGCGUGUACGAAGGCGUCGAGAGCACACUAGCAGCUUGCUGUACGCAAUGCGGCGAGUUCCAGUGGGCACCAUACCGUGAAGAAAUCGAGGAUCGGAUUCGGGGUUCAAUGCAAGAUUACAGUUGGAGCCCUUAUUACACUCGACUUACUCCUGCGGUUCUUCUGGGUGCUAUGGACUUCCUCUACGUCGUGAAAAGCCUGCCAGCGAACAGGAUAAUCACACUCUCCUCUCAGGGAGGAUUUAUCCCUCUCACAAUCUGGGCACACCACAUUUUGAAUCUCAAUGUUGUGAUCACAGAUCUUCCCGGCCCGGACGUUUCCUUUGGGGACGCCGAGGGACCUCAUGUGAUCAUUCAUUGGCGCCGAGCCGAUCUUCCUGAUAGGGAAGAGCUGGACUGGAAUGAGGAGGGAGAUGAAGACGGCCCUGAAAUCUCCCUCCAUGAAACAGACAUGACCGUCCUUCUUACGUGUAAACCAGAAGAUCACGACUCCGAACACCUCUUCGCAGCCGAAAGACACCCUCUGUCAGGGUAUGGCACGGUCUUCCUACGUCGCAGCCUGAAUGUCGAUACCAUCAUAAGUGAUGAUGACGAGAUUUACAAGGAGGUGGUAUGCUUGACGGUUGGAUUUGCAAUCGCCGCUUCGCAGAGAAUGGCCCGAGAGCUGCCGGACCCUGUGCCACAGGGACAGGAUGAAUUCGAGGAAACUGGGCAAACGAUCCGAUUGGAAACAUGGAGAAUCAUGGAGUCCGCUAAAUUGCUCUUCGCCGGCAUUACCAUCGAUCCGUCACUUUGCCGGGGGUUUGCGACCUUCAUAUCACAAAACGGCCUUACCGAAACCACGUUGCCUUCGACCUUUAAUUCCUUCUUCGCAAUGGUCCCGAGCCACCGUCCUGAAUUCUCUCCGCAAGCGCGGAUGAUACGAAUGCUUGAAAGUGCCACAAAACAUGUCUUGAUCUUCGCUCACGUCGCGGAGGUAGGAAAAUGUGGGGAUAUGCCAAUAAUUUUGACCGAUGACAUUAUCACCUUAGGAAGCCUAAUACGUACGGUACGGAAGGGGAAUGUUGAGCCAGGCCUGGUUCGAUUUGAUGCGGUAUUUGAUGGGGUGUCGAAAAUACUCUCGUCUGGCGAGUUCUCAACCAGGGACAAGAAACGUGGUUCUGCCGCCACCGAAUCCCUCUGCAGUGAUUUCGGGUGGUCCGUGUUGAUGACCACGUAUGAUGACCUUGACCCAGGAGAUGUUCGGCCUGAGCUCGUCCACAUUCGCAAAGGUACACCCACAAAUUCCAAAACAGGAGAGCGCAAACUACGGAUUCUAGAUGGGAUUGGUAUUGAAAGAACUGCCAAGUCCUAUGUCACCCCUGUUGAAAGAGGAGAGUACACUCCCCGCACAUUCGCGAACCACAUUUCUAGGAAAGACUACUAUGUAACUCUUUCGUACGAGUUUCAAAUCACCCUCUUCAUUUCAUUUGAGUCGACUCGUGAGUGGCAGAAGCAUGGGGGCUCCAAGUCCUUCCAGCAAACCCUGGCCUAUAGCCAGAUGGCUAAGAAUUUGUUCAAUACCCAUCUCAUUGAAGAAUGCAGCCACAAAGACCAGAAUGGCUGGGAACAGCCAAAGAAGAUCCAGCUCGGUCCAGACGUGGUAGCAAUGCUUGGUGGAUCCGAAGAACUGUUAGAUGGGAAUACCAUGCCGGAGAAGAUCAUUAUUCUAUUGACCAAAGGGGACCGUUAUGCUCGUUGGCAUGCAAUCACAUGGUUGGCCAUGGGGGUGUUUGACUCGAGGCGGAAGAUAGCGCUACGAUCGAAUCAGUGUUGCGAAUCCUGCGCUCUUGACUACCUGGCGUCACAGAAGGGGAAAUGGUAUCUCGUUCUAUAG